AUGUCUGAACCAGAAGUAGCUACGAAGGCUCCCGAGAGUGAUGCUGCGGAGGGUACGACCUCUCCACCUAGUUUGGUGCCAGGAGACACCCCCGCCCAGAGCGGCGCAAGCUUGGGAGAGCACUGUGUUACCGAUAGACCAAGUCCGUUGGGAGGCUCAUCCGGAGAGAUCACCAAACUUGGAGAGGUUGAUACCUAUAUUUCGAAACCUGCCGAUUACCCUCAUGCUCCAUCUAAGCUUUUGUUUUUGUUGACUGGUGCUACUGGAAUUCACUCGAAGAACAAUCAAAUUCAAGCGGACAACUUUGCCCGAGAGGGGUUUCUCGUCGUCAUGCCAGAUAUGUUCGAAAACGAUCCAUUACCAGGUUCGGUUACAUACACGGAAGAAAAGGACCCCUCAGUGAUUGAGCAAAUCAAAAUGCGAGCUGUCGAUACUAUCAAGAGCUUUACCAUCGAUAUGUGGCUUGCAAGACAAACACCUGAGAAGGUGCUACCUAUUCUUCACAAGGUCAUCGAAGCUGCAAAAGACGAAUUUGCCGACGCGGUCGCAAAUGGAGGCGGCAUAUACUCUGUAGGUUACUGCUUUGGUGGUAGAAUGACAUUGCUCCUUGCUGGCGAAAAGCCAGAUACCGUUGCUUGGGGUCAGCAAGUCAAGGACGAAGAAGCAGGCGUGGUCAAGUCGGGUCCAUUUAUCAAAGCUGGUGCAAUUGCACAUGCCACUUCAGUCGCUCGAGAGGAUUUUGAGGGAACGAAAUCGCCUCUACUUUUUGUCUGUGUUGAGAACGAUCAGCUAUUCGCAGAAGAUGUGCGUGAGCACGGCGAGAAGUACUUGAAUGAGAACGGUGUGGCGAGCGAGUUCAAGACAUAUUCCGGUGUACCGCAUGGAUUUGGUGUUGUAGGAGAAUACGAAGACACCAAGAUUAAAGUGGCUCAAGCAGAAGCUUUUGACCAAAUGUUGGCGUGGUUGAAGCAGUAUUAA